CAAACAAAAUGCUUUCCACGUAAAGUAGAUAGAAAGUGGAAAUUAGUAGUGAUAAAGAUGGAUUCAUCCCCGUGCGAGGCCGCCGACUGCCUGUGCCCGGGAGCCAGGCUUCACUCGCCAUCCUCCGGCUACAAGGUACUCUCUGUGAUGGGCGAGGGCACCUUUGGCAGAGUGGCCAAAUGCCACAAGACAGACACCAACACGACGGUGGCAGUGAAAAUGAUCAGAGACCAGGGAAACUUUGCUGUUCAGGCAAGGUUUGAGAUUGAGGCACUACAGAAAAUUCAAAUGCUGAAAAACUACACUAGUCACCUUGUCCAGUGGCUCAGCACCUUCAGCUACAUGGGUUACAUCUGCCUUGAAUUUGAAUACUUGGACAAGAGUUUGUUCGACUUCAUGAAGGAGCGACAUUUCCAACCUUUGCAAGUUAUGGAGGUCCGACCAAUCGUCCGCCAGCUGGCAAGGGCUCUGGACCACCUUAAAGGUGCACGAAUCAUUCAUGCUGACAUUAAGUUAGAGAACAUCAUGUUUAUCAACCACCGAGAGCAGCCUUACUGCGUAAAAGUCAUCGACUUUGGACUGACGCACGACGUUGCGGACGCCAGACCGGGCUCAUACAUUCAGAGCUGCCCCUACCGGUCUCCGGAGAUCUUGGUGGGGGCACCGUAUAACGAGGCCAUCGACGUUUGGUCCAUGGGAUGCGUAACUGCUUUUUUGUACAUGGGCACACUUAUUUUUCCAGGCAAGAAUGACUACGAAAUGGUAAAUAUCAGUCAAGGUUCGAAUUUGGAUCUCUUCUUGGUUGAACCAAAUGGUUCCUAAGGUUAAGAUUAGUGGGAUUAUUAUUAGAUUAUUCGAAAAUUGAUUGGAUUGUAAAUGUUCUCCCUUCUCUCUACAUAUGUAAUAUUAGAUAUUUUCGAGUGAAAAACAAAUUUAUGAUUCGCUUAAACACCAAAAAAGGCUUAAGAGAGUGCCAUCAUGGUUACAGAUGACUGCAAAGGAAGAGGAGGUGGUGCUUGCCAGUAUCAACAGAUCUGCCACAAUGAUUGCAAAGAUUUCUGGGACUUUUUAUUUUUUGUGUAGUUUUAGGGUGUAGAUUAAGGUUUUGGUAUGUUUUUAGUGUUUAAGGGAAUUUUUUGAAUGCUUUUUGAUCAGGGGAGUGGUUCUUGUUCUCAAGUAACACUAUGUUUGCCUUUUAAAGUCACAGGUUCCCAUGGCGACUUUGUUGUGUUGUAUCUUCAGAUAAGGUACAUCACAGAGACUCAAGGAGCCCUUCCAGACAGCCUUCUGGUUUCUGGCAAAAAGACUGAACACUUUUUCCACAAGGAAAGUGAAACCAGUCUCUGGAGCUUUAAGGUACUCACUCAUUUGUGCAUCAAGGUGGGAUUGAACUGACUCGUGUCCUGUUCAGGGGUGAUUUUCACAAUAAUGUUAAGAAAAAACAAUUCUAUGAUCACCGUAUGCUUUUCACCAGAGGAUGUCAUAGGUCUCAUACAGUAAUCCAUACAGUAAGUACUGUAGGUCAAGUGUUAGACUUCAAGUUCCAAGUAAGUUCCAAGUACUUGUGUCAAUGUGAAAUGUUUCUGAUUUUUGAGUUGCAAACCUUGCAGAUGUUAAAAUGGAAACGGGCAAAACUUGUCAAAUGGUGUAUUUGAAGUCUUCUCAUGCAUAACAAGUAGUGUUGCACCGAUACCAUUUUUUGGCCCCGAUACCUGGCUGUUCAGUAUCGGCCGAUACCGAUACCAUUCCAAUACCACAAAUAUAUAUGGCGGAAAACGCUCAGGUGACUUGAAGUUCCGCUCUGAGACCCCCAAUUUGGCUAAAUUUCAAAAUUGUUAUAUGCAUGUGUGAUAUAUCAUUGGAAAGCUUAAACGCUCGAUUUUCUGGGGGAAGAAAAAUUUUGAACAGCAGGGCAUUUAAAAAAAAAAAAAAAAAAAAAAAUUAAACAGCAAAACCCUAACUUGAGCCGAGAGCACACGAGAGCAGAAUUAAAGACGCCACUAGUUUAACGAGAUAUUAUCGCGUACCUGCCUUGUUUCGAUCCAAAAACUCCGUGUAGCAUGUAUCACCGGGUGUCAAGACACAGCUGUGAAUGGCCACAGCCAGAUUUUUUUUUUUUGAUUUUAUGGGUGAAACAUGGUGAUAUAACAAGGGUCGCGAUGCAGAAAUCGCAGACAAGGAGUGGUUGAGAUUUUCUUUUUCAUAUAGUUACCCUUUUAAACGUUAUUUUUCAAUUUUUCUUUGUUUGGAUCGAUUAUUUAUCAUCCAACAUAUCAGGGAAAAUGCGACAGUAACAAAAAAAAUACAAUUAUACGAUAGUUACGUAUGUGGUAGAUAUCCGUGACUUUUUUACGGACGCCAAAUUUUUCAUUGUGACAUACAGUGCCCUCCAUAAUUAUUGGCACCCCUGGUUAAGAUGUGUUUAUUUA